AUGGUCGAUCCUCGUGCAACAGAUGCAAUUUGUGAGUUCUUGCAUGAAAAGAAUAGAAAAUUAUCUGAAGAUAUUGAUAAGAUUAGCAAAGAAGUUGCGUUAUUAACAGGCGAACUAAAAAGGCUUGAAGAUGAAAAAGCUGAAAAUAUAAAAAUAUUAAAAUUAGUGGAGUCAUGCGAAAGUGUGCUAAAACAAAAUUUGAGUGAAUUUGAUAAAAUUUUAAUAAAUGAGCCAUGAGAAGCCCUAAGAAAAUUUUCUGAGCUUUACGAAAACAAAAAGAUUUACGACUAUGCUAAAUCUUCAUUGCCUUUCACUAAGUCUUUUAGAUAUUUUUCUGAUAAUUCAAAAACUGAGAUGAGCUAUAUUGCUUUUCCAAGAGCAGGCACAUCAGAACUUAUUUAUUUAAAUUUAGAAGAUAUGACUUCACAGUCAGUAUCAAUUAAGUGGCUCCAAAAUCUGCAAUUGUUUGGCUAUACUCCUAUCCCUGGCCGCAAGUGUUUAUUCUUUUAUGGAGGAUAUAAUACCGGCUUAAGACAAUCAACUGGAAGAACUUUUUAUUUAACCGACGAUCAACAAAUUAUAGAUUUGCCAGAUGGCAAACCUGCUUGUGAUCUUGCGAUAAUUUACCAUAAGGAUUUUGUAUAUGCUUUGGGAGGAAAUAAUGAUAAAGUAUCAGCGAAAUUCAAUUUGGAACUUAACAAGUGGGAAUAUUUAUGGCCACUUCCUGAAGGGGAUUAUCGCGAAUCUAUAAUUACUGGUUAUAAAAAUUAUAUUUUAAUAACUGCAAGAUAUUUAGAUAAAGUUAUUAGAUAUAGCAUCAAAAACGAUUAUUAUGCUGAUAUCCAAAAUUUGACCCUAAAAGGAGAUGCCAUAAAACUAUUAUACCUGCUUGCCAAGAAUAGCCCACUAAGGAGCAUUUUUUGGUUCGCCAUUCUUAAAUUUGGUUAGCCGAAAAAUAUGGCAUGCCAACGAAUUUGGCAAGCCAGCUAUUGUCCGGCAAACCAAAAAAUGCUCAUUAGUGGGCUAUUCUUUGCAAAUAAGUAUAAUUUCGAGCGAUGACAAAGUGUUUGUUAUUGAACUAUGUGGAAAUAUUUAUCAGAAUAUAAAUCAAUCCUUAAAAAAAUGAGAAAGGGUUGGCAGAAAUGAUGUGCUGAAUUGUAGCAUUCCUACAUAUACAGUAAGAUUUAGAAAUAAUUUUAUUGUGUCAAUUUGGAAAAUCAGCUGAUUAAAUUUAAUCUGAAGAAAAGAUCAUUUAAAAUAA